AUGAGUCUAGCUUACGUAGCGGAAACAUUAUAUGAAGUUGUAAAUGAAAGUUUAUCUCUCCCUGAAGUGAAAGGUUAUUUAUCAAAUGCAAGCAAAUCAGAUUCCACAAUUCUAACCGAUUUGAGCAGCGGAACGUUUUGUCAGGAAAGCCCGCUAUUUAAAGAUCCAAACAGCUUAAAAAUCAUUUUGCACUAUGACGAUCCGGGAAUUACAAAUCCAUUAGGAUCUAAAGAUAAAUCGGUUUGUAUGUUUUAUUGGACGUUAGCAAACUUACCAAGUGUUGAAAAACAUCUGGUUAGACAAUAUGGGUAUGCGACUGUGUUGGCUGACUUCUUUGAUUCGAUAAACAAUUUACAAGAAAAUGGAAUUACACUCACGGUUGAGAACAAACAAGAAACUUAUGACGGUUCAUUAUUUAUGGUCUGCGGAGAUCUUUUAGGAAUGACACAACUACAAGGUUUCAAAUCAGGAUUCAAAAAUGGUUUGAAACCGUAUUUCGUUUGCAAUACGUCAAGAAUAGAAAAAGCUGACGGAGGAAAAAAGGCAGCGUUACAAAAGAAAUUUGGAAUUGUAUCAAGAUCAUCAUUUACAAAAAUUCAUGAUUUUGAUAUACUCCAACAAACUACCAUAGAUGUGAUGCACAUCUUGUUGGAAGAAAUUCACAGAUUAAAAUAUUGUUCAUUAGCAUUAUUAUCUAUGACGAUUAGAACGUUUCCAUUUCCGGCUGGUGAAUCGGCGCCAUCAGAAAAGUUCGAGAUCAAAUAUGCGAAAGAUACGGUUAAGUUUCGCUUAUCCGCAAGUAAAACAUUAACAUUAACAAAGUAUUUACCGUUAAUUCUCGAACAAAUUUCUCUCAGUGAGGCACGUAUGAAACAAUUAAUGAACGGUCAUGUUGUUAAGAAAGUCAGAGAAGUGGAAUUUAAGUCAAUUCCAGUACAUCGAACGUUAGACGUCAAUCAGUCAGUGUACGAAACCAAUAAAGCAAUCAUGUUCGGUAUUGUAUAUAAUGUCGGUGAUUUCGUGCUAGUGAAUGAUCGUUCGUUUCCAUCAGAUCCAGUUUUUGGUAAAAUACAAUCAAUACUUGUACAACAACAACAAAUAUUAUUGACAUUAAAAUUAGCCUUUAGUAGUACAUAUGAAAAUAAUAUGGGUUAUAUGUACGUAUUAAAUUCCAAUGCUGACGACUAUGACGAUUUUCGACGAGAUGAAAACCGAUCGCCUGAUGUGAUGCCAAAAAGUACGGAACAAGAACAAGUUAGUGGGAAACGAAAAAGAUUUAUGGAUAAACUUCGAGAAUUACCAUUGUUACCGAUGCCACUCAUUUUACCAGAUCUGCCAAUAAGAGUACAGACAGCUAUUGCGAAAGAUCAAACGGAAUCGGUUAUUCAAGAUAUAGCGCGUGUGUAUGCUGAUUAUCCGAUUGCUUACAAUGUUUCAUCAAAAACUCAUUAUGAAUUUAUUCGAGAUACAUUCGCAAAACAAUUCAAAUUAACUGGACUACAUCAUUAUACACUUCUUGACUUAUUUAAACAAAAACUAUCAAGACGGAUCCGGGAUCAACGUAAUCGUGGUGGAGAAAGCCAUUGUGCAAAAAAACUGAAUUGGGACGAUGGGCGCUAUGCUGGAUGGCUAAACGAGGAAACUGCUAGUUCAACGUCUAUCGGUAUUAUUUAG